CUUUAGUAUAUAAAAAAUAAAGUAAAGAAGUAUAGAUACUCCGGUAUUAGAAAAACCUCCCAGUCUCCCACCAAUCCUGGACGGUUGAGUACUUGAGUGUUGUUCGGACUGUUCGGAGUGGACAGGGCGCCAACUUUUAUUUUGAAAUUACCAACCUUAUCAAUUCAUACUCUCUUGCUCCUUUCACAACUAUAAACCCAUUUUCUUUCUUUCUGAUAAUUCUCUUCUCAAUUGCUCAAUUCCCUUGUUGAAUUUCUUCUUCAACACCAAAACCCUAGAAAAAUGGUCGACAAUUCGCCACAAAUCGAUAUCAAUCAGCUAUUAUCUUACUGUGACGACCUCGUUGGUGUUCUCCGAGAUAAGAGAGACUUCAAUUUGUUAACCCAGUGCGUUCAACAAUCCAAAUCUAUUCAAUCGUCUUCUGAUUCUGAUUUCAACACUACCCAGAUCGCCAUUUCAGAUUAUCAGGACAAGAUCGAUGAUUGCAAGCACAAGAUAGAAGUGGCACGAUCUGAAGUGGUUUCCAAUGAAGAAUUAGAGCGCCUGCAGAAAGAGCUUGAUGAGGAACUCAAAAGAGAGAAGCUGCUUCGAGAGGAUCUUAGAGUAAUUGUUGACAAGAUUAAUGAGCUAGAUCAUCAACGACUUUUGUUAGAGGAGAAGAGUCAGAAGCUAAAGAAACUUGAAGAAGAACAUGAGAAAGAACAGAGGAAACUUUCAUUUUAUGCAUCUGUCACAAAGAUUAUUCCAGAUCUAGCGAGUCCAUCGAAAAUCUCUGGGCAUAUCGUAGAUCGUGAAAAAAAGACAGUGGAGAAGUUUGAAUUUGAUCCACUGCAGGAAGAUGCCUUUGACAUAUGCAACAAGACAUGGAAGAUGAUAAACCUAUGACUAUUCAUGUGACUGUGUGUUAUAUCACCUAUAUGUACGAUUGUACCAUUUUGCGUUUUCAAAAUUUGUUUUUCUUGUAGUGGGACAGUGGGACUAGCUUCUCUGUAUAUUGUUCUUGUAGUGGGACUGGCUUUACUAGUAUGGAUCUUAUGCUGUAUUUAAUAUAUGCCUUAAAAAGGAGAUUAUUGAUUAA